AGAGAUCCCAUUCGAGAUCUUCCCCGCAAAAUCACUACGCCAGGAACCCAUUCGCACAUGAAUCAUUUCUCUCUGACAAAGUAAACAUUAUUUCCGCAUUCACGCUCUUGCCGCGAGGCCGACCGCGGCAGCAUGAGCAAAAAGUUCCGAGCGCAAGCAUCGAGCGCUCGUGCUGCUUCUGCUGCCUUUGGAUCGUCCUCGAUCGCUUUCGGGGCGCCUUCUACCGGCUUUCAAACUGCGGCUUCCUCGCUAUCAUACAUCGCUGAACAGCCACACCUCGGCGCCAUCUCCAAUCCCAACCUUGUCGUCGCCCUGAGAAACUUGAGCAAGAAAGACAGCACUACCAAGACCAAAGCGCUUGAGGAUUUGGAAGACUAUGUGAAAUCUGCAGAGUUAGCCGAAGCCAUCGAUUCGGGUCUUUUAGAAGCAUGGGUCUCUCUGUACCCUCGCACCUCGAUCGACAAUGCCCGCCGAGUCCGCCAACUCGCCCAUACCCUGCAGGGAUCUCUCACUGUCAUCUCCGGUAAACGAAUUGCGCCUUAUCUGCCCAAGGUGGUAGGGUCCUGGCUGUCAGGCACGUACGAUAGCGACAGAGCCGUCGCCAGAGCUGCCCAGGAGUCGCUCGGACUGUCAUUCAAUACAGAAGACAAGAGGAAAGCAUUGUGGCAUUUUUACAAGACCGCACUCAUUGACUAUGCCGAAGAUGCCAUUUUCGUUCAAACUUCGAAGACGCUCAGCGAUGAACGCUCGACGACCACCGAAGAUGCCGAAGCGAAGUUUGUACGCGUGGCCGGAAACGCAAUGCACAUGCUGAGUCAACUCAUUAAGAACCACUUCUCUGGCAAUGCAAGAAAUCAAGCUGAGGCAUCUUCGCGCAUCAGCGAGGUGGUACAGAACAAGAAGCUGUGGCAAUACUCAUAUCACGAUGACCCUUCCCUGAGGAGAGCCGCGUGCACCUUGGUGACAAUAUGCGCUCAGUCAUUGCCUGACUCUCUGGACUGGACUGCAGUAAGUGGAUCUUUCGUAGGCAAGGCCCUACAUAGCAGCCAGCUUGGCUCGUCAGGUCAAUUAUCAGAGGCCAUACUCGCCUUAACGAUGUUACGACCGGAACUGUGGACGACAGACUAUACCUCUAAGACCACUGCGCUCAAAAGACUGCUGCAAUACUUGAGGAUGGGCUCUCAACGAGGUCCUGCAUCCUUCUGGAAGAAUAUUCCUCCUCUCCUCAAGAAAAUACCUUCACAGCUGUGGUUCGGAGAUCAGACUGAUGGCCCACUUCAUGAGCAAACUAUGACAAGUCUGCUGGAUGCUCUGCAGGCUGGUAUUACUUCCUCAGACGAGCCUAGACAAAACCUCGAGACUGCAUGGUUCACGUAUGUCGAAGCCUCGUUCUGGGCAAUCAAAAUGAUUGAUGCGGAAGAGUCCAAAUCAGCCGUUUUGUCCAAGAAUGUAUUGCCCCUGGUAGACAGAUACGUUGCUCCAGAACCCCAACAGUUGGGCGCUCUUCCCACCUCUUCGGGCGCUAGGAUUGCUGGCAGUAUACUUGACAACAUUCUUGGAUACGGCUUGCGGACUUCCUUCGAGGGGGCAUGGCAUCAAUUUUGUCAACAACUGGUGGACAGCAUGAAAUUGUCAAUGCCUGAAACUUCCAAAGACUUUACAAAAUCCCAAGACGGUAUUAUUGCUCGAUCUCAAAGACUUUUCGGCCUCAAAAGAUUCGUGCUCGAAGCGGAAAGGUUGGGUGCUGCCGAGAAGACGUAUGCGUCGACUGUAUUUCAGCAGGCUGAUGACGACGUAAUGCUCGCUGCGAUCGAGCUGUUGAAGUCUCGCAACGGCAAGCCUUAUGCGGCUGCAUGUAUUCUCCAGAACAUCUCAGCAAGCAUCGAUUCACCAGAGAGGAUGCAGCCCUUGUUCGAUUUUCUGCGUACAGAUGGUUUGCGUCUGUUGCAAAGCCCCUCUGCAGAAUACAUCAUGAGUAUCGUUAUCCGUACCAAGCAGGCCCUGGAGCCAUUCGCUUCCGAGUUGAUACGAUCAGAGGAUGGUAGCUACGCUACAAAGGCUCUCUCAAACCUCUUGCGUGGUGUGUCCGAAGAGGAAUUGUCCAAGCUGGAAAAUCUGCAGCAACUUGUGUUGCGCAAAAUCUCUGAGGAUUUGGAUAACCCUUCAGUUCAGUUUCUGACGACGGCAAUCUUUCAGAAUCAUGAUAUUCAGUCUACAGAAUUUCGACGGCUCUGUGACCAGAAGAUACUGGUGCAACUGUCAUUAGAGGCGUCCCCAACUUCACAGCAAGCGACCCUUCAAUUUCUUUCCAACCUCGUUACCAAUUCUCGUUCGAGCCUUUCGACACUUUCGGAUCUCUUGGGUGGCGCUUUACUCUCGAAGCUUCUCUUGUUGGCGGAUUCUGACAAUCCAGAAAUUGCAGAGCUUGCUACAUCACUGACCUCGAAGCUGAAGUCGGCGUCCUCGAGUUCAGGCUCAGCAGCUGCGUCAUCUACACUGGUCGUUGCUGACCAAUUGGCCGGUAGAAGCACACCAUUGUCCAUUUUUGCGCUGAUCGACCUAUCCAAGGAGAUACUGAGAGACAGUCCUUCCGGUGCAAAUGUGAGCGGGAGCCUCAUGCCGUCCACUUCUCACUGGCAAGGGGCACUCAGAAGUCAUACGCAGGGUCGCAGACCUCCUUCUCUCGCUAUCACGAGCAGCCUUCAUGGAAUGUUGUUCAUGAUUGAGGAGGACGAGCACUCCCCAGCAGAUGACGUUCGUGAUGGGGACGAAUUUUCCCUUCUUUUCAGACUUGUAUUAUACGCCACGAGGAUGCUUUCAGAUACGGCUAUCGUGGAGCACCUGAGUUCGGAACACCUCCGGACUUUGUACUACUACUAUCCACUCGCCCUACAGCUUGUGAACGAAAAACUGACUUUGGAGACUGCAAACAAUAUUUGGGAGAACACCAGCGACGAGGUUACCGAAGAGGCUGCUGCCAUACUUUCUGAAGGAAACGCAUUGGUGCAACAGUGGCUUACUGUUGAAUCCCUGAUCGAAAUAUGGACGCAAGACAUGAACUCGGUCACUGACUUGACGUUCUGGUCGUAUCUUCGCGGCCUCACGUUCGUGGACAUCAUCUCACGUUUUGUGGAUGAACACGGUCCUGCGCAUAUCACGUCACUCUUUGAAGCUGAGUUUCAAGACAUGCAUCGGUCUCCGAAAUUUGUGCGCUCAGCAAGUCUAAUCGCCGCCUGCCGGGAUCAUAUCAUCAGCUCACAGCAAGGUCGAAGAACGCUCAACGAGUUAAUAGCUGCAUGCACGGACCUAAAAGCGAACUCCAUGUCGGCAAACGGAUUGCGAUCCUUAAUCCUGCUUGAUCUGCUUCUCAAUGGCGGCUCCGAGCCCUUGGAAGGCCUUCCUUCUCAACGCGUGGUUUUCCUCAUGCAAGCUCUCUUACGGUUGGUGACUGAUUCAUCGGUUGCUCCAGAAUAUCAAACUCUAGCCAUGAGACUGCUUGACCCUGUCUUGACAUAUACCAAGGAUAUCUAUGGAGACCACUGGAGCCAGCUCGUGGAAUGCAUUGUGUCAAUGUGGUGCGACGGGAAUGCUUUGAAUGAAGACCUACCCCUUUUACACGCCUCGUUGCGAAUCUAUGCACGCCUAAGAACCCUUGCAACAUCCGAAGAUAGUAAUGAAGACCUCUCUGAUACUUGGAAUGCAUCUCAAGAAUCUCUUGGUGAAGGCCUACUGCAGGUUUUGCAAAACUUCGGAGCGCAGAGCAUGCAAACGGAUCAGCCACGACGCAUAACUGCGGAAUUACUGCGAAGACAACUAUCACAGGUGUCUUUCGGCCACAACAUUGACCUGUAUGCCUUGCUUUCGUCGCCAGAAGACGCAAUUCGCGCGGCUGCCUACGACCUGUUACAUCGCUCAAUUCCCGCUGGGCAGGAACAACUCUCGAUGGAGGUAGCCUUGGAGAACAAGGCUGCAAGGUUACCUGAAGAGUUAUUGUCGCUUCUGACAGAUAUUCCCGGUGCGACAUACCCAUUACGACAAAGCUAUCUGCUUGGGUGGCAUCUGGUUUUCGAUCAUUUUACAACUGCUUCUUACAAACUUCAAGAGAUGUACGCGGCGAACAUCAAGGACAAGAAUGUGCUUCCAGGUCUUCUCGAUCUCUUGUGUGAGAUUUGUCGAAUCACUAGUGGAAGGCCGUUAGACGCUUCCAAAUUCGACCUCAUAUCAUUCGAGUAUGGCUCUAGUGACAAUGAUGAGCAAGAACAGCAGAAACUCGCUACGCAUCUGUACUAUUGCUGCUUGUUGUAUUUACCAAGUCUUACGCGAGGCUGGUUCAUUGAGCAGAAGAACCGUGUGAAGUCACCUUUGGAAAGCUGGACCCAGAGAUACUUCUCUCCAACCCUAAUGGUAGCUGCAACUCGAACGGUCACGGAAUGGGCGGCGAAUCAACCACAGGACGAUAGCGAGGCCCCAGUCACUGUCAAGACCUCCCUGAGCGGAUCUGAGGCAGUUGCGUCUAUCGCCGUCGACCCCGAAUCUCCGCCAAUAUCCCUCGCUAUCUCACUACCUUCCACGUAUCCGCUGGACUCGCCUACGGUGGCAUCCCGCUCCAGGGUCGGAGUCUCAGAGAAGAAUUGGCAGUCAUGGCUAAGGACUUUUCAGAUCAUCAUAUUCAGCACCGGCAGUAUUAUUGAGGGCCUCAUAGCCUUUCGACGCAACGUACAGGGUGCAUUGAAGGGCCAAAGUGAAUGUGCCAUAUGUUACAGCAUUAUUGGCACAGAUAUGCAGACUCCCAAUAAGCGUUGUGGUACAUGUCGCAACACCUUUCACGGGUCAUGCCUAUUCCGCUGGUUCAAGAGCUCCAAUAGCUCGAGCUGUCCACUCUGUCGAAACAAUUUCAACUACGCUUGAAGUGCGUAUCGACCUGCGGAAGCCAGUCACCGGCAACUGUGCCUGGAGGGAAGUUCGAUGAGAGACCUCCAUUACAGCGUCAGUUUGGACGUGAAAGUGCAGAGUCAUUCCAUGAUAGUGGGUGGUGGUAUUACUAGAUCCGAAGCGAGUCCAUAAUACCUAAGAUAAUGAGGAGAUGCUUCAAAAUAAUCCACAACAUCAAUAUAAGCUUCGAAGUUCAGAC